AUGGUAGAAGGAGGAAUAACACUUGUUAAAUACCUACUCUUCUUUGCAAAUUUCAUACUAUGGGUUGUAGGCAUUUGUUUUCUCAUCUCAGGAAUUUUACUACAAAUGAAAUAUUCCGGUUUAUUAGACGUUCUAGGUGAUGAACGUUUAACUACUCCAGUUAUUUUAUUAGCUAUUGGAUGUCUUUUUACUUUAUUAGGAUUUAUUGGUUAUUGUGGGGCUAUUAGAGAGAAUUAUUGUUUAACUGUUAGUUUUGCUGUUUUAUUAGCUUUACUUUUAAUGACUGAAACGGCUAUAGCAAUUCUUGUUUAUGCUUUACAUGAACCUUUAAAUGAAGUUAUUGUUACUCAAUUGGCACAGGGAAUUGAACGUUACCCAAAAUCUAAAGGUGUAUCUCUCGCUUGGGAUCAAGUACAACGCCAAUUUUAUUGCUGUGGUGUUAACAAUGCCUCUGAUUGGAGAGGAACACCUCCAGAUUCUUGUUGCACACGCUUCCACAAUGGAUGUGCCAAAAUCGUUCAACCCCCACUCUAUGAAAUUGGAUGUGUUGAAGCUGUUCAACGUUGGAUAGUUGCUAACGCUAUGAUAUUGGGGUGCAUAAGUGCAUUUUUGGCUGCACUACAAGUUAUUGGAAUAUGCUUUGCUUGUUGUCUAUCGAAAAGCAUUUUGAAGGAAUUUAAUGAUUUUUAUUACUAA